GUGUGUCGCGGCUGACAGCGUCUCCUGUUUAGCAAAUGUGAUUCCUCACCAACCGCGGGGAAGGUCACGCCACUUCACCGAUCAGCGUGGAAGAAGUAGCAACGACAAGGCGUCUGCCGACAACAACCUACUCCUUGCUCGUGCGUGUAGUAGUGACAGCCGAGGACACGAGGUGAAAGACGAGGGAGAUGGCAUCGCCGUGGAAAGUAGGCUUCUUCAUAUUCGCGCUCUUUCUCGCCGCUCCGCAUCCUAGUUGGCAAAAAUUGGAGGCUGUUUUUCAAGGUCAGUGUACACACCUCAACCCGUGCGAGCACCGCUGCAUCAACCAGGUGGACAGCACGUUCGAAUGCGCUUGCUUCGAGGGCUACGAGCUGUCUCACGAUGGAGCCAGCUGCCGAGAGAUCAGAAAGACAGGAGCCGCUGCCGCCCACAUGGCCGCGCGAGGCCACGUGAAUCUCGGCGACCCCGAAGUGGAGACGGACUACCUUCCUGUCGACGACAUGCCCGAGCCAGCCGUCGUCGACGACGCGCGCUGGUCGGACAUCACGGCGCCCUCUGACGGCGACACGACGCCGCAGGUGUCCGUGCGCGAGACGACGAAGACGGAGCGCUCGUCGUCGUCGUCGUCGUCGGUCGUCGCGCGCGUCGAGCCGACCGACCUGACGCUGGCGAACGCGACGCGACGCGACGUGACGCUGACGCGCGCGAUGUCGCCGCACGCCGUCGUGCGCAUCGACAGCGCGCUGCCGCAGCUGAUCUUCGCGAGCUGCGACGAACUGGUGUGCGACAACGGCGGCCGUUGCGUCGUCGCUGCCGACGACGACGAUAACGAUGACGACGUCGCCGAGCCCGUGGCGCGGUGCCAGUGUCCGCUGGGCUCUCACGGACAGUUCUGCCAGCACCGAGUCGUCAUCCAGUGGCCGAGAUUCGCCGGCGACUCCGUGCUGCAGUUUCCCGUCCUGGAAAACUCCUGCACCGCCUUCAACGUGACGGUCGCCUUCCGGCCGGAGGCACUAAAUGGCGUGCUGCUGUACGGCGGGGAACACUACGACCUAACGGGCGAUUUCUUCAUGAUAGGCCUGCGAGCUGGAAAGGUAGAGUUCAGAUUCGACUGCGGCAGUGGCGUGGGCAUUAUCCGCGCACCAAAGACUGUAACCCUCGGUCAGUGGAACACCGUCCACCUGCGCAGGAAAGGCGUCCGUGCCUGGCUGUCCGUCAACGACGGGGAGCCCAUCUACGGCAAGGCAUUGGGUUCGCACGCGUGCCUAUCGGUGCAGGAGAAGCUGCACCUAGGGGGCGCUGCCGACUUCUCGGUCGUCGCUGCCAGACUCGAGAUGAGUGAAGGCAUCGUCGGCUGCGUGCGUGACUUAAUCGUUAACAACCACGCGUACGACCUGCGGCCGCUGCCGAGGGGAGAGGCAGUGGCGGGAGUUAACGUGGAGGAGUGCAGUGCGCAUGUGUGUGACACGCUGACGUGUAGGAAUGGUGGCAUGUGCAUGCCCCUGUCUCCUGAUGCUGCCGCGUGCGAGUGCCCUCUAGGCCACCAUGGACAACAUUGCGAACAUUCUGCAGAAAUCCACGUUCCUUCGUUUGAUGGCACGUCCUACUUACGCUAUCACGGGCUCGAAAACUCUGCUCUCUCUUUCCUCGAAAUGGAGAUUGCCUUCAAGCCGUACGCACCAGAUGGCGUGAUUCUCUACAAUGGAAAUCCACGGGAAGCUGGGGCGCCUGAGGAUUUUAUUUUACUCACAAUGACAGAUGGCUAUCUAGAGUUUAGAUGUGAUUUGGGCACUGGUCAAGCAAAGAUUAGGAGCAUGGAGAGACUUGACAUGGACCAGUGGCACACCGUACACGUGAUGCGCACGGGCCGCGACGCCAUCUUGCAGAUCGACAACCAAUCACGCGUGGAGGUGCUGCUACGUGGUGGAUACACUGAGUUGUCGCUGCAUGGAGACCUGUACAUUGGUGGCACGAGAUCAAAGGACGACAUCACGAGUUCGCUGCAAACAUUGCAAAAUUUCUAUGGCUGCAUCCAGAAGGUGUCGAUAAACGGAGUGCGUCUGCGCCUGAUACAGUCGGCGCUGGUCGGGGUGAACGUCGCCAACUGCCUGCAUCCGUGCGCCGGCGAGCCAUGCCUCAACGGGGGCGUCUGCAACGCCGAGAAGGACUCCUACACGUGCGACUGUCGGCUGGGAUUCACAGACUACAACUGCGAGAAAGAAAUUGGUAUAGAGAAUUUGAGGCAGGCCUCUGCACAGUUUACUGGCAGAAGCUACCUGUAUUACACACGGGAGGAAAUUCUGUCCAGGAUCGCUGGAAAGGUCAACUCGAUUCAGAUUUCCUUUAGGACAAAAGCCAGCAAUGGUCUGCUGUUAUGGAGUGGGCAGGAGAAGAUGUUCGCGAACAGCGACUUCCUCUUUAUCGGCAUCAUGGACGGACACUUGGAGUUCGGAUACAACCUUGGCAGUGGCGUGGCCAUCAUACGCGACAACAGCACGUGGGUCGGCGACGGCGCCUGGCAUACAGUGAAGGCGAUCAGGACUUCGCAGGAAGGCUCACUAGUAGUGGACAUGGGCAGAAUAGCUUCUGCAGAGUCCCCCGGUAGACUCCAACAGCUUGAUAUCAACACUGGGCUGUAUGUCGGUGGCUCUUACAACGUGGAGGCAUCAACGCUUAGGCGAUACAACCAGGGAUUCAGUGGUUGCAUCUCUAGUAUCAUACUGGGAUCAGACCUGAGAGUGAUGGUGUUGAAAGAUGCAUCCAUCGGUUGGAAUGUGGACCAGUGCGCUGGCUGAGUGUCGUCUAGUCACACUGUAAACCUAGCUAUUUUUUAAAUAUCCAAUGCAACAGAAAAUGUGUGUCUUCUUACACUUGCCCGCGUGCCGUUGUUAUGACCUCCCACACGUCGAUUUAUAUAACACACGAAAUCUGUGAAUUCGUAAUAUUUUUUAACUAGUACAUCAUCUGCUAACAUGUUUGGAAAGCCGCGCAGACAGACUUGUUAAAUUCCAUUGACAGUGGUUGUCAUCAUUCCUAACGGGCUCAAAUCACUUGCAACGAUGCUGACUGAAAAAGUAAUUAGGUUUACAGUAGCAGAGAUACACAAGUGCUCAAUCUUUAAGCAACUGGUAAGAACCUCAGGGUGUGUUUCUUUAAUUGGUCACCGUGACACUGCUUGUAUGGAAAUUUCCUCUGUGUACUUGAGCCCCGCACACCCCGACCCCUUCAUCGAUAGCCAAUCGAGACUAUAUCAGCUCAAUACUGAUUUGCAUCUUUUAAUACCUGGGAAUGGUGUAAGAGGCAUUACGAGCUGACACGGCGACCGAUUUUGACCAUCUACUAUGAGUGCACUCUUACAAUGGAAAACAAAUCAACCGAACUUCAUGUCAAGUGAACUAAAGAACGUCGCGACCGACCAACUUUGAGCUCCCUUGACGAUGCCAAUCGCAAGGAGUUCAUUGAUGUCCAUUUUCAUAUGCGAUAAUGAGAGGACAGGUCAUUCUCUAUGCUGUCUCGAUUCACCAAUACCCGUGAAAAGCAACUUUCGACUUUUAUUUGCAUCUCACCAGCACAGUUGAAGUGAUUCGACAGUAGUGGCACAUGGUUUCUGAUAUGGGAGUAAACUGUAAAUACGGUGUUUUACGUGCGUUUCCAUCAGAAUUAAGGCUACGCGCCCGUGAUAUCAUAGCCAGUCACUGCCGAACGCGAAAUCAUGAUUUCAUUUGAAAGUAGAUGGAAUGCUCAAAUCGUGUGCGCGUAUUCGGAAACGUGUCCCGUCUUAGGAGAUGUAUAAUGUUGUCUUGUGGUAAAAUCUAAAUCCAUGUAUAGAUUCGGACUGACCAACGCUGAGUGACAGCAGAAGGUUGAGCUACUGAGCCGCCAUAUUGCCAUGCCAUUCGCACGUGGAAUUUCCUGGCAAGGUUACCCCAGACCACGGCUUCCUUUUCUUCAUUGGCGUACAUUUCGCGUAACUUGUGUGGGUCGUGUUAUACGACAGGUUCCGGUCGUCUGAUUGUAAUCGAAUGUGCCCCGAGACGCACCGGGAAAAUGACACCUUGCACCACACACAUUCGAAAAAUGGCGGCAAUGCCGAUGUUGCUGGUAGUUGCUGCAUUUACCAAGAUCGUUUCACCCCGGUGUUAGAUAUGGAAAAAUACCAUAUGCUUAUUUCAUCAGUCACUUAAUCGGUUUACCGCGUUAACCUGACCAUAAGUAUGCUCAUCUAAUUCAGCAAGUGAUGACUCGGGUGUUAUCUCGGGCGUUGCAGUUCGACAUGUCAUUUCCUAUAUUGUGUCUGUCAUGAUCAUGGUACUUAUACUGACUAGCCCGUGAAAUCGUACGUAUGUUUGCGUGUAGCAUCGCUGUAUAGCAUUUUUGACAUGUAGCUUUUUGAGUGAAAUGAACGUGUAUUUACGCACGCCUGUGUGUUGCAGAGGCAGUUGUGAUGGAUGGGGGGUUGAGAUGUAAAACAUAUCACACCUGGCUUUCCUUAGUCUUGUCUGAUGAGCGAUCGGAAACUCAUGCGAUAUGUGAUUACAUCAGGAGUGUAUAAUAUAGAGAUAUAUGGAGAUAUAUAUAUCUCUAUAUUAUACACUCCUGAUGACAUCGCAUCUCAUGGGCUCGGAUCCACGUUGUACAGAUCUAUUAUAUCGGAUCGCGUUGAUCAAAUGUCUUGGUUUGAUAUAAGAUAUAGCACCUAUUCACUGAAGACACGUCACUAAGAGGAAUAACGAAAUGGAUUAUAUACGCUGAUGGAUUAUGCUGUCUUUAUACUCUGUAUGCUGUUGAUAAACACGUUAAAGCUUUUUAAACUGGUAAACGUCGCGGUUCAACAGGUUGACAUCAGUCUUCAGUAAAUUUGACUCUGGGCAUUUUCACGCAGAUAUUAUCAUAUUAAAGAGAUGUCCCGAUUCUUCGAAAAACUACGGACCUGCGUUUUCAGGGCUUGCUAUCAGUCGGUCAGGACAGCAGAGCUGUACCUGCACUUAACCUUGCUUCCUUUCAAAGAAAGGCUGGUGUUAGUUUAACUUGUCAGAUGUUUAAAGCUGUUGUAACUGUUGAAGAUUCUGUAGUGGGCUCCGUGUCCACUUUCCACAUACAAACAUUCCGCAUUGUAAAUAUAUAGCGAGCGAAGUUGCAAUAUAAUAGGGAGCAUUUUGCGACAACUAUUGCGUGCUUGUGAAUAUCAGUACUACAGGUCACGCGUAUUUAUUACUAGGCUUAUUAGAUUUAUUUUAAUAUUGUCGAGUGUGUUGAUAACGAACAGAUGUCGCGCGAGUUUUGUCGUUGUGAGACUUUUAUUUACAAAUACAGAAUGUAGGACCAUGUAGAGAUGUGUAAUGUCAUUUGAGAUACACUGACUGACUAUACACUUACACUUUGUAGUCCGAAUAGCUACAGGUAAGUUUUUAUGUUGAUUUGAUCAGUGUGGUUAUUAUUAUUGUUAUUAUUAUUAUUGCUUUUGAUAAUAAUAGCAACGAUAUUUAUAUAACUACGUCAUUAUACAUUGGUGAAAAUUAGUGUCUAGCUAGAUCUAUAGGCCUACUGAAACAGCUGGGUCUAGUCAUUUGAUCACGCGUGAUGUUUGAAGUUACGUAGAAGCUAGAUGACUCUUAUGAUAUGUAAACACAUGUCUUUGUUUCGGUGUGUGAACAGUUAGGUGGAUUUGUGCGUCAUUUCUAAUUUUACCGACACAGCCUGUAAUAUAUUAUAGGCGACUGAUUGUUGCCACUCGUGUGCAUUAUUUCGUAAAAAAGGCCCGCAUUAUUUCAGUGUAUUUGUUCACAUCAUAAAAGAACGCGCCUGUGAGAGAUGCGCGUGCGAACACACGGAGUUGUUUUCAAUAUCAGUCAAUUGAAAUAAUUUACUGAUGCACGCUAUCAAAGACGUAAAGUUGGCGUAGUUUGUUUCAGUGUUGACCACGAAAGUGUGCCAGAUGUUCACGAUAAAUUCUGUAAUAUUUACAAUUUACACAGUUUACAUGAAAUGAGUUGUCGCGUGUUGUUAUGAAUGUAGUUUGGCGUUUUCGUAAAUAAAACUGUGACAAAUAGUGCGAAA